AUGGCUCCAGAAAGGUCGGGAAAGAGCGUGUUCCUCGGGAAUAUCCCAUACAAUCUCACGGAGGAACAAGUGAAAGAUAUACUCAGCUCUGCAGGGACAGUGACGAAAUUCCGGCUCAUGAUAAAUCCUGAGACGGGAAAGCCGAAGGGAUAUGGGUUUGCAGAUUUCGCAGACGCAGAUGCAGCUGCUUCUGCCAUUCGCAACUUGAACGAUUACGAAGUUAUGGGACGGAAGAUCCGAGUUGACUGGCCUCACAACAAUGAGAAAGACUCGGUGCCGCCGGAUUAUUCACAACAAUCACAGCCGGGCGUGUCGAGCGGUGCCGGGCAAGAUGGACAGAGCUCACAAGCCCCUCUGCUACCAGCUCUACCCCCCGGGGCCGAUCUGCCUCCAAACCUGACAUGUCCCAACGCCAUAUCACAGACAUUAUCCUCGCUUCCAGCCCCUCAACUUCUAGACGUUCUCUCUCAGAUGAAAUCACUAGUUAUGGCAGACCCUGCUCGUGCAACAGAACUACUGAGACAAGCUCCUCAACUUGCAUAUGCCAUAUUCCAAGCACUUCUUCUCAUGAAUUUAGUUGACUACAACACGCUAGGCUCGGUUGUAGACCAAGCAUCCCAAGCCCAAGCGGCCCAACAAGCACCACCUCAGAUGCAGCAGAAGUACCAACCAUACCCCCCGGCUCCUGGCCAGGUAGCAACACCUCCUCUACACGCUACCCCAUUUGCUCCACCACCACCACAAGCUGCACCUCAGCAACAGGCACCCCCGCCGGUAGCACAGGUUCCUGGUCAAGAAGAGUUACUACAGCAAGUACUCAACAUGCCCCAGGCAGCGAUUGAUGCUCUCCCGCCCACAGAACGCAAUCAAAUCAUGGUAUUGAGACAGCAACUGCUCCAGGGUGGAAUGAGGUAG